GAGGAAUGUUUCAGGGCUUUAAGGAAUAAAAAGAAACAGGAUGAUCUUCGUUCUUUGGCGGUUGAGAUGAUAAGACUUGUCAAGCUUUUAUACCACAUAUCAUCCACACGGUUCAUGGGUUUGUCUUGUCUUGUUUCUUGUCUUAUUGCAAUGGAAUAAUUCUGUAUUUGGGCAAGUACUUGCUUGACCCUAUACCUCUUGCUGAGUGUAUUAUGUUUUAUUAUUGUGUUACAUAUUAAUAAUCGACAACUGUCCAACGAAAUUACCACAAUGGCAAGCAUCGUCCCCAACCCUCUAAACCGCUUCCGCAAACACGACUCCCACGAACCACUCCACGCCAGAUGGGGCGAUGUAUCCAUCACAGCACCAACAGAAGGGUCAUGGUGCCAAUACGAUAACCCGCAUCAAUCCAGACAUCGACGACUUGGCUAUGGACCUGGAUAUGUCCCCGAUGGGCUCCGUCGAGCGCCUAUCUUGCCGGCCCAACACUACGAGGACGAUGAAGAAGAUGAAGGAGCCUCCAGGGCAGAACAUAAUACGUCGUCACGACGAAUGAGCACAUUAAACCCCCGGCGCUUAUCAAUGCGUUUAUCACGGACGAAGUCCCAAGACGGACAACAAAAGCAACAGCAACAGCAACAGCAACGUCCCCCCGGCAUCGACAGGACAGAAUUCGCCUACAAACCAAUUAAACAAAACUACUCCACCGAAGUCGCUGAGACAGCACAUAAACGCGAGUCCCGAUUCCGGUAUAUUCCCGCUAGUCCACAGUAUCUCGAAGAGCCUGAGCGCAGUCAGUCGGUUAGCUCUGGCUCUGGCUCUGGCUCUGGCUCUGCGUCUAGCUCUAGCUCUAACUCAUAUGGGUAUGGAUAUAGCCAUCUUUCUCGGAGCGGGAGUCCCUUACGCAACGGCGUUGGUGUUGAUGAUGAGUUUGAAAUCCAUCGGGGACAACGAGAUAGAGGGAGUAGGGCAUUUCCCAUGGGUUCUUCUACGAUUUCGGGACAAGGACAACACGGGUACGGACAGAACAAUGGGCUGUCGGUCUCGGGUGACAGGAAGAGAAGGUAUUCGACGAGGCGUUUGACUACGGUUAUGGUUCCGGAUCCUGAGGAUAUGUAUGGCUGAUGAUUGGUUAUUGGGCUUUGGUUUUGGCGUUGGUGUUUGGUUGGCGCUUUAGGGUACGGUGUUUUAAUUUUGGGCUGGCGUUAUGAUUAUUAAUUGGAAUUGGGGUUAGAGAUUUUGAAUGAGAAUAUGAAUAUCUACCUAUGAAGUCUGGUC